UGUCACUGUUAGAACUUUCCUUAUCCUUAUCCUCCUCGAGGACACACGACUACAAGAUCCACAACUAGAAUCAGACAGAAACAACAUAAUCCUCCGUUGCCUGUGAACUGAACUUGGACAGUAAACAUGGUGGUGAAGGUGUAUGGCCCGAUCUUUGCUUCCCCGAAAAGGGUGCUUGUGUGUCUCAUUGAGAAGGCUGUUCAGUUUGAAACUGUGCCUCUUGAUCUCUUCAAGGGAGAGAAUAAGGAACCUGAGUACCUCAAGCUCCAGCCAUUUGGAAAGCUUCCUGUAAUUCAAGAUGGUGAUUAUACCCUCUAUGAAUCUCGUGCAAUAAUCAGAUACUACGCAGAGAAGUAUAGAAACCAAGGAACGGAGUUGCUGGGGAAGACAGUAGAAGAAAGGGGUCUUGUGGAGCAAUGGCUUGAAGUGGAAGCACAUAACUUUCACCCACCGGUUCUCGACUUGGUUCUCCAAGUUCUGUUUGCGCCAUUGAGGGGUCUUCCUUCUGACCAAAAAUUGAUUGAAGAGAGUGAUGAGAAGGUUCAGAAGGUGCUGGAUAUAUAUGAGGAUAGGCUGUCAAAGAGCAAGUACUUGGCUGGGGAUUUCUUCAGCCUUGCUGAUCUGAGCCAUCUCCCAUUUGGUCACUAUUUGGUGAAUCAAACUGGGAGAGGGAAUUUUGUAAGGGAGAGAAAGCAUGUGAGUGCUUGGUGGGAUGACAUUAGCAGCAGACCUUCUUGGCAGAAGGUGCUUCAGCUUUACAAAUACCCUGUCUAGCUGUUAUUUAGUUAUGGUUUGAGGGUAAAGACUUCACUGCUUCCUGUUACCUGCUUGAGAAUAAAAUAGAGGCUGCUGCUAGAUGCACUAUGCUGAACUCUAGUUUGCUUUUGUGGUCUAUGUAAGUUGUGAAAGUUUUAAAAAGCCUAGUACAUUGUAAUUUUUAAGUGCAUGUUUGGAGAUCCUUUUAGAAUUUGAUUCUAAAUCCGGAAUUAAUUCUGCUAAAAA